UGGGCGGAAGUCUUGGCUACAGGGGCAGAAACUCCUACUGUAGUUGUCGUGGUGGAUAGGGCCGUGUCGCUAACGGGGCAAAGCCGACAUGAAAGAGAUGGAAAAUAAUCCUGUUUAAGGAGGCGUCCCCGUUUCACCAAGUUCGAUGUUAAAGGCCAGGGCUCCCAUGGGAUCCUGCCCUUUUUUACAGUUGUGAACCUCCUGUGCUUUUCCCUCGGAUUCACGGGCUGGAUUUUAACAGGCACCAGGAGCUCCCUGCCCCGGCCCCCGGAUUAGGGUUUACGACCAGUGUUGGAUAUCCCCAAGUCGCCGCUUAAUGGAGAGGGCUCACCUGCCUUCGUUGCUGCUACAUAGCCCCCAAAGCAGACCUGUGAUCUGUGUGUAAAGAAGAAACAGAAAAUCUCCUUUUAAAAAGUUGGCGCUUCGCUCUCGACCUCCUCCAUUUCUUCAUUUUGCUGUGGAAGUAGGGGGUUUUGAACAUCUCUCGCCCCAUCGGGUGCUGAUUCCAUUGCACGAUGACGUUCUGUAUGUCUGGCAUUCGAAGCUUUCCUAAACUUUGGGAGAGCAACCCAUAUGCUGGGCUACGUCCAAGGCAUUCUUACAUCUCCUUCUUUCUCACAAACUGCGUUGGCAUCAGCAACAACCAGAGAUGGUUUUCUCUUAAAGCAAUGUCUCCACAAAACACCAAAGCAAUGAACCUGCUGAUUGCCAAGGACAGAUAUCUCAGGAAAGCAAAUGAGGGCAAUAAAAAGCAAGUGCCUUUGGAUUCUUCCCAUCUUUUCGCAGCUGGAGCAGCUGAGAAGCGAUCACAGAGGAAUCCUCCGAACAAGGAUCGGGCCCUGCCUCCCGUGAAGGGCACUGUUCAACUCCCUCGACAACCUUUGAGUUCAGAGGAGUGGGAUAAACUGAAGGAAGAUUUCAAAGGAAAGACCAAUUUUGAAAAUUGGAUCAGCUCUCAGAUGGCUCAGUGCCAUAGCUCUGUAGAUGUGGCUAAAUCUCUACUGGCAUGGGUGGCCGCAAAAAACAACGGCAUUGUAGGCUAUGGUGUACUGGUGAAAUAUUUGUAUCUCUGUGUCAUUCAUCAGCAGACGUCAGAAGUUAUUGACGUCUACGAAAUCAUGAAAGCCAGAUACAAGAGUUUAGAGCCGGGGGGUUACAGUCUUCUCAUCCGAGGAUUAAUCCAUUCUGACAGAUGGAGAGAGGCCUUGCUGCUAUUAGAGGACAUUAAGAAAGUCAUGAUCCCUUCAAAAAAGAACUAUAAUGACUGUAUCCAGGGAGCCCUCCUUCAUCAAGAUGUAACUACAGCCUGGAAUUUGUAUCAGGAAUUGCUGGAUCAGGAUGUUAGUCCUAUGUUGGAAACUUUACAAGCCUUCUUUGAUUUUGGAAAAGAUGUAAAGGAUGAUCACUAUUCAAAGAAACUACUAGACAUUCUUUUGUAUCUAAGAAAUAAUCAGCUGUAUCCUGGGGAGUCGUUUGCACAUAGUAUAAAGACAUGGUUUGAGAGUGUUCCUGGAAAACAAUGGAAAGGACAGUUCACCACAAUCCCGGAAAGUGGUCAGUGUCCGGGCUGUGGAAAAGCCAUGGAGUCUAUUCACCUGAGUCCAGAUGAAUAUGAAUUCCUCAAGAGAAAAAUCAUGAGGGAUGUGAUAGAUGGAGGUGAUCAGUAUAAAAAGACGACACCUCAGGAACUUAAGAGAUUUGAGAACUUUGUAAAAUCUUGUCCUCCUUUUGAUAUUGUUAUUGAUGGCCUCAAUGUUGCCAAGAUGUUUCCUAAAGCUCGAGAAUCUCAAGUGCUCUUGGACGUAGUCUCCCAGCUAGCCAAGCAGAAUCUGCGAUUGCUGGUCCUAGGCCGGAAGCACAUGCUAACACAGCGUUCCCGGUGGAGAAAGGAUGAGAUGGAAAAAAUACAAAAGCAAGCCAGCUGUUUUUUUGCUGAUGACAUCUCCGAGGAUGACCCAUUCCUUCUCUAUGCCACGCUGCACUCAGGAAAUCACUGCAAGUUUAUCACAAAAGACCUGAUGCGGGACCACAAGGCCUGUCUGCCUGAUGCCAAAACCCAACGCCUGUUCUUUAAGUGGCAGCAGGGACAUCAGCUGGCAAUUAUGAAUAGGUUUCCAGGAUCAAAAAUAACCUUUCAGCGGAUUCUCAGCUAUGACACAGUGGUACAGACAACUGGAGACUCGUGGCACAUACCAUAUGAUGAAGACCUGGUCAAAAGAUACUCCUAUGAAGUGCCAACCAAGUGGCUUUGCCUCCACCAAAAGGCAUAAAGACACUUAACCCCCCGGUAAAUUUUGGUUUGGGUGCCCUCCCAGUUGGCAUCAGAGCUCUUAAGUUGAUGCUCACUUAGGGCAUUGCCUCUGUCCUGAAGGUAAAAGUGUUCAUUUAACACAGUUUGAUCCAGUCAGUUUGUGUGUCAAUAAAUUGAUGUUUUUUAAGUUAAAAGAGAUAC